UUUAUUAUCAGCUUUAUUGUAAUGUUCUAUAAUCAUACAGAUUAAUUUAAUUAUCUUAAUUACAGGUCAACAUUAAUUACUGAUUUUCAUUAGUAGCAACCAGACGUUUUCACAAGUAACAUCGCAAUAUCGAAGAAGAAAGAAUUAUUAGCAAUAAUGCAGGAAGAUCUUAGAAAAGAAGUAAAAGAAUUAGACGGGAUGGAAGUUUUAACUUUAAAUAAAGUUUUAAAUAAUAUUCAAGUUUUCGAUUCAACUGUUGAGGUAGUAGGCUUUGUAGACGGUAUUGAAGCCUCACGUUAUGUUGGCGACAAGAAACAAUAUAAAGUUUUUAAAUUUUAUAUUAAUAAUGGCGAAGGGAGGCGAGUACAAGUUGUCGUGUGGAAUGACGAUAUUACACCCGUAGAACCACAUGUAAAAUUAAACCACAUUAUUCAUUUAGACGGAGUGCAGGCUCGUACUCCUAAAAUUUCAUAUAAUAACGGCAAUGUGCCCUACGAGCUACAGAUCCAGAGUAAUACAACAAUCUCCAAUUUGGGGAAAUAUAAUAUGGAACGAACCAAUUUAAUCGAACCGGCUGUGGAGUUUUGUGAUGUAAUGAAUACAUCAUCAAGAGUCGCAUUAGAGGGCUAUAUAAAGUCCAAUUUUGGACCAAUUUAUAAAACUAAUUUGAAUAAGAAAAUUGGAUGUGGAUCCAUCACUGAUGGGUACUUUAAAUUAGAAGUACAUAUUACAAAUUUUGAAGAAAACGAUUAUGAACUUAUGAAAGGAGAUAAAAUUAAAGUAAUUGGCGAGAUGCAAUAUGCAAUUGAUCCACCGUACUUUUCAGUACAAAGUCUAAAAGACAUUAAGAAAUUAGAAGAGCGAAUGUCUUUGACUACUAUAAUAAAUGUUAAUCGCACGUUAAAGAAAAAGAAAUUUGAAGAAAAUUCAUCACAACAGGUAAAAAUUAUAUCAUCAUUAAAAGUAAUAAGUGUAAUCGGUGUGUGUGUACAAGGUGAGUCAAAAGUAUGUUUAAAAAAUUUGUGUAUUCUUGCAUAAAAAGGAACAAGCUC